AUGAUUCGGCGAACCUCCCGGAGGGCGGUUGGCUACACCCCGGUUAACCCAGACACCUCCCCGAUGCUUGCCUACAGCCAGUACCACUGGCACUACAACCUCCCACAGGGAAUGGAGCGGCCGCAUGGCGUCAAUCGCACAAUGACAGCACCCUACGAAAGUGCCCACUCGCUUGUUAACAAGUAUCGCGGCGUAUGGGUCGAACUUGACAUGCACCCCGCCUUUCGCGUGGCACUGGAGCCGCAGUUGCGUAAACUGCCUCACGGAAGAACAAUACCCAAAACCUCCGCAGAGGAGGUUAUCGCGGAUUAUAGUAAUACGGCGCACCUCAUCGCGGAUGAGGUGACGAGGGAUCUUUGGUUGGCGAAGGUGCUCCAACACUGUGCGUUCCUGCGAAGCAACGCGGGCAUGGCGCUCUGGGAGGAGCACUGCCAUUCACGCUUUAUUGCCGAUGACGCCAGCGCGACGCCGCCGCUCCCCUUAGUCAAGGCCAUUCUGUUCUACUGCAGUAAAAUUGAUCACGUUGCGUGGGGCCCUAUUUUCCACAGGUGCCUAAAGGAUGGUUGGAACUACACGCCCUUGUUUGACACGGCCCAGUGGAAUUUUUUGCUCAAGAGCGUCGGGCGCAUGGGCGACGAGAGGGGCGUCAAACUCCUUCUAGAGGAGAUGCUGGACGUGCAGGCCGACUUGGAUCGUGUGGAGGCGCGCUCCAUCGUGGUUGCGCUGAACGCCGUCACCGACAACAACAUCUACGAGUACGUAAAAAAGUAUCUGUUCAACUUUGGCGAGAGGAAGGUGAAGUUCCUGCGUGUUACCUACUCCGACCUGCGCGGCCACGGGGCGGGGAAGCUGCGGAUUCCGCUCAGCGAAAACGACAAGAUGUACUACCACGUCUGCUGGCACAGCAGCAUCCGCGCCCCGCGACAGUUUUCACCGCGCCAGCUGUACUUCGACUACACACCGUCAACCCUCGGCGCGAGCGUGCACAACCCAAAUGCGAAGAUCGACGACAUUGUGAAGGACAAGAUUGAGAAGUGGAAGAUGGAGGGACUUCUCCCAGAGGACUACGUCCACGAGGAUCGCGUGUAUGACCGCGGAGCCGCCUUCAAGAACGUUGCCCGCCAGGAGAAGUGGAAGAAGAUGCCAAAGAUUGUGAAGAGCAAGAAGAUGGGUUACACAGGCGAUCCGUGA